AUGUAUGGUGGGCGCGUAAUAGACGACUUCGACCGGCGCGUAGUGGCUACUUACAUGGAGGAAUACUUCGGAGAAUUUCUGUUCGACAAGUUCCAGCCAUUCCAUUUCUAUCACGAUUCAGCCUUCGAUUACAUCAUACCGCCGGACGGCGACAGAGACGAAUACUUUGACUAUCUGGACAUAUUGCCGCUGGCCAACACGCCGGAGGUAUUCGGCCUACAUCCCAACGCCGAGAUCGGAUACUUCAGUCAGGCUGUGCGCAUGAUGUGGGGACAUCUCAUAGAGCUGCAACCACAAACCAGUGAGGCUGGUGGCGCGAUGUCUCGCGAAGAGUUCAUUGAUAUUGCAGCCGUAGAUGUGAUGUCGAAAUUGCCACCUGAAUUCGAGAUCUGGCGCGUACGCAAACAAUUCGAAAUGAAUAUAACUCCAACGCUUGUCGUAUUGCUACAAGAGCUGGAGAGAUUCAACCGGCUCGUAAAACGUAUGGGCUCAACACUAUCAAUGCUCCGGAAAGCCUUGGCGGGUGAGAUCGGCAUGGACGCCGUACUAGACAACGUGUCGUACAGCCUGUUCAACGGGCAACUGCCGCAGGUGUGGCGCGGCCUGGCACCCGACACGUGCAAGAACCUCGGCGGCUGGAUGGACCACUUCAUCUCGAGAACUAAGCAAUAUACGGACUGGGCCACCAUAGAAGAGCCAAUAGUGAUCUGGUUGUCUGGACUGCAAAUUCCCGAGUCGUACCUGAUUGCGCACAUACAGAUCGCCUGUCGUCUCUACACGUGGCCGCUCGAUCGCUCCACGCAGUUCACGAGAGUCACCAAGUGGUCACACCCGGAUGAAAUAGAAGAACGACCUACCACUGGCUGUUACGUGCGUGGGUUGUACCUGGAGGGUUGCCGGUGGGACUUCGAAGAAGGCUGCCUGAGGCGUUCGCACCCCAAAGUUCUGGUCACUGAACUACCCAUCAUGUAUAUUAUACCGAUAGAAUUUCAUAAGCUAAAGUUACAGAACACGCUACGUACGCCAGUGUAUACGACAUCACAACGCCGCAAUGCGAUGGGGGUGGGCCUUGUGUUCGAGGCUGACCUGUGGACGGCCGAACAUAUCAGCCAUUGGAUUUUACAAGGCGUUUGUCUUACACUUAAUACAGACUAA